UAGAUUUGGUGGGCGAGUCUGUGCCUCACUCCGAAUCGUUUUCAUUUCGGAGAUAACUGUUUUGUAAUCCUUUGAAAUUGUUUAUGUUGGACAAUUGGACCGAGUGAGUGUGCUUUAGUGACAAUCUGUGAUAGCUUGAGAAAAGGUUUAACGAUGGUGGUGGCACUGACUGUACCUAAGUUGUUCUUACAGAAAUGUUUCAACAUCGGCAAAUACAAGCUACACCAGACCACCUCGGUAGUGUCCAGCGGCCUCCUCCAGCGGCGGGGCAUCUACACCGUAGACCCCAUCGACCCCGCCGAGCCCACUUUCGGCAAGAUCCUGAUAGCGAACAGGGGCGAGAUAGCGUGCAGGAUCAUAAGCACAGCCAAGAGGAUGGGCAUCAAAACGGUCGCUGUCUACUCGGUAGCGGAUUCCCAGUCUAUGCACGUGAAGCUGGCGGACGAGAGGGUGUUCAUAGGCGAAUCUCCGGCCUCGCAGUCUUAUUUAGAUAAGGCGAAAAUUAUGGACGCAGUCAAGAAGACAGAGGCGGAGGCCGUCCAUCCCGGGUACGGGUUCCUCUCGGAGAACGCUGCCUUCGUGGGGAUGCUGGAGGACGAAAAAGUGGCCUUCAUAGGACCUUCCGCUAAAGCUAUCACAGGAAUGGGCGACAAACUGGAGUCCAAAAGGUUAGCAAUGGCGGCAGGCGUCAACACCAUCCCAGGUUUCGACGGCAUCGUCAGAGACGCUGACCAUUGCGUAGAAAUAUCCAGAAAUAUAGGCUACCCAGUUAUGAUAAAAGCGUCAGCAGGAGGGGGCGGCAAGGGGAUGAGAAUCGCUAGGAACGACGAGGAUGCCAGAGAGGGAUUCAAGCUGUCUAGUCAAGAAGCUCUGUCUAGUUUUGGGGAUAGCAGGAUGUUAGUGGAAAAGUUCAUAGACAACCCUAGACACAUAGAGAUUCAAGUCCUGGGGGACCAACAUGGGAACGUCAUAUACCUCAACGAGAGAGAGUGCAGCAUCCAAAGGAGGAACCAAAAAGUCAUAGAAGAAGCUCCCAGCGUCUUCUUAGAUGAAAAUACCAGGAAAGCCAUGGGUGAACAGGCUGUCUCUUUGUGCAAAAAAUUGGGGUAUUCCUCAGCGGGUACCGUAGAAUUCCUCGUUGAUGGCGACCGCAACUUUUACUUCUUGGAGAUGAACACUAGGUUACAAGUAGAACACCCCAUCACCGAGUGCAUCACUGGGAUCGACCUGGUGCAGCAAAUGAUCCGGGUUGCCAAGGGACACAAGCUAAGGAUCACGCAGAAGGACGUCAAAAUUAACGGAUGGGCCAUAGAGAGCAGAGUGUACGCUGAGGAUCCUUACAAGAACUUCGGCCUUCCCAGCAUAGGGAGGUUGUACAAGUACAUCGAGCCAACGCACUUACCCGGCGUAAGGUGCGACAGCGGCAUCGAGGAAGGCAGCGAAAUAAGCGUCUACUACGACCCGAUGAUAUGCAAGCUGGUGUGCUACGGAAAAGACAGAAACGAAGCGAUCGAACGCAGCAUAAAAGCCUUGGAUUCGUACGUGAUACGAGGCGUCACGAACAACAUACCGCUCCUUAGAGAUAUAUUAACGGAAGAAAGAUUCCGGAAAGGCGACAUCAGCACGAACUACCUACCUGAGGUCUACCCAGAAGGAUUCAAAGGUCUAAAGUUACCUGAAGAAGACAAGUACAAGUUGCUAGCGGUAGCAUCAGCUAUAUACGCAACCAACGUGAUACGUAGCAGGCAGUUCCUGAACGCUCCAAAGCAUGUUAUCAAAGGUAAGCUCUUGGACAAAUGGAAGCUGUACAUCGAAUUCGACCAAAAUAAAUUUAGACUCGAGGUUUCACAGGACAACGGCCAGUUCGUGAUCACCAUUGAUGGAAAAGAGUACAAAAUAAAUAAAGAUGAUAUAAACUUAGCCAAACCGUUACUACACGUGAAGAUCAACGGCGAGGACGACGUCUUCCAACCGUUUUCGAAAAACGCUAGUGGGGACUAUCAAAUUAUAUACCGGGGUACAAACUACAAACUCUUCAUCCUUUCGCAGAGAUCGGCUGAUUAUCUUCACUUAAUGCCGGAGAAAAUGAAGCUGGACGUGUCCAAACAGGUGCGGUCGCCCAUGCCUGGGCUGGUGAAGAGCGUGAACUGCAGUGUCGGCGACGUGGUGGCCGAAGGGCAGGAACUGUGCGUCAUAGAGGCCAUGAAAAUGCAAAAUUCAAUGGUUGCAGCAACGACCGGAACCAUAAAGUCUAUCAAUAUUCAUCCAGGUGAUACAGUCAGCGAUGAUGAUGUUUUAAUUGAAUUGGCGUAAGUUUCAUUGUAAAUAUAUUUAUGUAUAUACUUUUUUUAAUAAACCUUUGAAUAAAUCCGAAGCAAAUUAA